AUGAGGCCUCUGUUCGUUCUGUGUUUCAUUAUUGUGUUUUACAUACAUGAUGGCCAAGCAAAUGUUGAUGAUUUCUUCUCUCAAGUCGGGCAAGCCUUCAGAAUCACGUGGGCAUCUGUAGUCGACGCUAUCAAGAGACCUGUUAGGAAUAAAAGAAUUGGUCCAGGACUAAAGCGAAAGGCGCUAAGAGAUAUGACCACUCAUUUGCCAUAUAUUUGGUCAUCACCAAAGGACUCGGAACAAUUCCUAAAUGACAUAUCUCGAAAAUCUGCCAACGAUAUUAAGGUGACCCUGCCGCUCUUAUUACAUCCAAAAUACAAGGCAAUAAGAGAGUGGAUAAACUCGGAAAAUGAAAAAAUAUCUUCUCCUACAGAGCAAACUGGAAGACGUUACACAGUAGAUGAUGAUCUUGCAACAACGGAAACGGAAAAAAAUGAACCAGAGAAUAUGAAAUUGGCGCUGCCCCCCGAAGGUUUAACUUUGAACUUAAUGGUAAAAAGUCGUAACACACACACACCAAUUGCAAACCUAAAGUUUGACGUCUAUGAACACGAUAAAAAAGUAGUUUUAUCCUUAUCUCAAGAACCGUCUCGCACUGCCUUGCCUCCAAGGGAUAAUCGUAAUGUCACGUACCCGACCAAUUGUCCAAAAGGAUAUAUCAGAAUUGGUGCGUCUUGUACUAAAAAUGACUUCGAAGAUUAA